CGGAUUUUGAUUUCUCAAUUUAUAUAAUUUUUUUUAAAUAUAUUUCUUUCCUGUAAACUGUAGCCCAGGGAUUGUACUGAUUUAUUUAUUUAUUUACUUAUUUAUUUAUUUAAUUUAGUUUUAUUGCUAAAGGUUUACAAGCCCUUCCCCCGUUUUAAUCAAUGUUUCUUGACCUAUCAUCAUAGACGCUGCUCAUUAACUACAGCGCUGUGUGUGUGUGUGUGUGUGUGUGUGUGUGUGUGAAUUCCUCCACCCUCCACGCUCAUAUUAUAAAUAGGAGAGAUUGUUUUGAAGCGACUUUAUUCACACUCCUCUCUCUCUCUGCUCUCCACACAACGAUCACAAACUGAGGACUUCACAGCACAGACAUGAAGGUAUGAGACUCACCUGUGUGUGUGUGUGUGUGUGUGAGUGAGAGAGAGAGAGAGAGAGAGAGAGAGAGAGUGAGAGAGAGAGAUCAAACUACAGAGUGUAGGAAUAGAGUUCCAACACUGUAAUAGAAGAUUUUACAUGUGUGUGUGUGUCUGUGUGUGUGUGUACAUGCGUGUGUGUGUGCGCGUUUUAAUUAGUUUGUGGAUCAUGAGGAGACAGAGGAACUCUACUUUUACCAUUUAAUACUUUUAGCGACACUUUAGUUAACUCCAGUUACAUCUCCUUCUGCUUCUACUUAUUUCCAUGGUUGCGUUUGUUUGUUUGUUUGUUUCUUUAUAACUUUUGUCUUUGUGCAGUUUAUUAGUAAUAGUCUUAGUCCUGAGUAUUAAUUAUAAUUUUUUGUUAUUUAUUAUUGAUUUUUUAUUUCUUAUUUGUUUGUUUCUCUUUUUGUUUGUUUAUGUUUUCACUCAAAUUUUCUUCCUAAUAAAUAAUCAUAUUUUAUGUUAUUUAUUUUUUAGAAUAUUAUAAUGUAGUAGAUUAUAGAUGGAAUCUUUAUGUUUGGAUAUUUUUUAUUUAAUUGUAUUGUAUGUGUGCAUUUCACUUGACAUCUCGUUUCUUUUCCUUUUCAGCAGCCGUUCAUUCAUUAAACUUGUUAACCUUAACGUUGACUUUUUGUUGAACCCUUUAAAAGUCUCUGUUCAUUAUAUAUUUAUUAAUCUAAAUAUCCUUUAGUAAUGCCAUUUAUUAAUUAGGAAAUAAAUGUAGUUUUGAAAGUGAUUCCUAACCAGACCUGUGUGUGUGUGUGUGUGUGUGUGUGUGUGCGUGUAUGUGUGUGUGUGAGACAGAGUGUGAAGAUGUUUGCAGCUUAUGCGCUGGUGUUCAUCUUGCUGUCUUCACUUGUCUCUCAGGCUUGCAGCGCUCCGAGGGGCAGGUUCCAGCGGCGUAACUGGACUCCUCAGGCCAUGUUGUACCUCAAAGGCACACAAGGACGGCGCUUCGUGUCGGUGGACAGAAACGAGGGCGACGUUUUUGACACGCUCCACUUAGAAACACAGGAUGAAAACACAGAGAAUCUGAGAGUCUCCAAGGCGGCGACGGUGCUCCUCAACUUCCUCCAGCAGGCCAAAGACGAAGGAAUGGAUAACGGACUAUUUUUGCAAGACGCACCAGUUUGGAAAAGAGACUACUUCUGAGAAACGUCCUGUGUAAUGUAACUGAACUGUACAGUUUUAUUUAUUUCUCUUCUAUCUGUAUUUGGUCUUAAUGUAAACUCGUCUUAAACAAAUAUUUCAUGUGAAAUACACAGAUUUUGAACUU